AAUAUCUCUGGACUCUGGAGUAGUCCUAGAUAGCUAGGCAGCUAUUCAUCAUCAGCUUUAUCUGCUCUCACUUUGUUACACUCCUCCACCACUUUAUCUUCCAAUCAUCUCAUCCUCAUCUCCACAGAGUCACGCAACACACACUCGCGCAAUGCGCGUAUAAAACGCUCUCAUUUUCCUUUACCAGCUAACUUAUACUACUUUAAUGACGAGCGUUUCGUCGGAGGACGCUUCCGAUGAGCGCUGCGGGAGCUACAGUCUCAGCGCUGACGUCAGCGAGUCGGAGAGUUCCAGCGGCUUCUCCGGCCGCCGAUUCGAUGUGGAGAGCUUGAGCGCCGAGUCUCCGUUGCCGCGGCGCGGUUUCGCCGGAAAUGAGGGGUUUACGGCGCCGGUGAUGUUUCCGGUGGUCGGAGGUAAGGAUGUGGUGGUUUGGGAGGAGAGCACUCGGAAAUCACAAGCUGAUUUGUCAGAAGUUGAGAUGAUAAAGGAAAGAUUCGCUAAGCUUCUACUUGGAGAGGAUAUGUCGGGAGGGGGUAAGGGUGUUUGUACUGCUUUGGCCAUUUCAAAUGCCAUCACAAAUCUCUCUGCUACCGUAUUUGGUGAAUUGUGGAGGCUGGAGCCAUUGGCGCCACAAAAGAAGGCAAUGUGGCGAAGGGAGAUGGAAUAUUUACUGUGGGUCAGUGAUUCAAUUGUCGAGCUUGUUCCGUCUGUACAACAGUUUCCUGGUGGAGGGAGUUAUGAAGUAAUGGCAACACAACCUCGGUCAGAUCUGUAUAUUAAUCUCCCUGCCCUUAAAAAGCUUGAUGCUAUGUUGAUUAGCAUUCUUGAUGGGUUUGAAGAUCUGGAAUUUUGGUAUGUUGAACGUGGAAUGGCUGUAGCUGAAGGCAAUGGCGGCGAUGCCUAUUCAUCUGCGUUUUCAAGUGGGAGGCCUUCAGUUCGGCAGGAAGAGAAAUGGUGGUUACCUUGUCCCAAAGUUCCAUCGAAAGGGUUGUCUGAGGAUGCUAGGAAGAGGUUGCAGCAGUGCAGAGACUGCACAAAUCAGAUACUGAAGGCAGCAUUAGCAAUUAACAGCAACGUGCUUGCUGAAAUGGAAAUUCCAAGUGCUUACGCGGAAACCUUACCUAAGAAUGGAAAAGCUUGUCUGGGUGAAAUAAUCUAUCGCUACAUAACAGCGGACCAGUUCUCUCCAGAAUGUCUUCUUGAUUGCUUAGAUCUGUCGUCGGAGCACCACACUCUGGAUGUAGCAAACAGAAUAGAGGCAGCUGUGCAUGUAUGGAAACUUAAAGAUCAGAAAAACCAUUCUAGUCAUAUUAAAUCUAAGCGUUCAUCUUGGAGUGGCAAGGUAAAGGGUCUUGUUGCUGAUGGUGAAAAGAACCAUAUUUUAGCUGAACGGGCAGAGACCUUGUUGCACAGCCUGAAAUUGCGUUUUCCUGGUCUUCCACAAACUGCUUUGGACAUGAACAAAAUUCAAUAUAACAAGGAUGUAGGGCAGUCAAUUCUUGAAAGCUACUCAAGGGUAAUGGAGAGCUUGGCGUUUAACAUAAUGGCAAGGAUCGAUGAUGUAUUAUACGUGGAUGACUCUGCCAAUAGAUGUUCUGCUGCAGAAUCUAUGUCUAUCUUCAGCAGGGGGAAUUUGGCUGGUCAACCAAUUCAAAAGCGGAUAUUACCUAGUCCAUUCUCAAUUCAGCACACACCCUACACUUCUCCCUUUGCUACUCCAACAUUCUGUUCUUCCCCUCCUAUCAGUAAUGGUCUCAAGGGUUUGCCUAGCAUGCCAAUGCCAGCUGACCUGGAUAAGCUGUGGUCUUAUGCUGGAAACCUUAGUGCUAGAAGAAUAUCUGAAGAUGGUCCUGAAAUCGAUAAAUAAUUAUACAUAUCUUAGGAAUGAACUUGCAAAGACAGGCUAUAAGCUGGACUGUGAAAGUGAUGCCUAAUGAAUAGAUCGGUAGUUUAGGUCUUGUAUAUGGCUAUGACAAAUUAGAGAUACGGGGUGAAUCAUAUUCGGAAGGUUCGAGUCGUAGUUUCUCAUCAAUUCCUCUAACAGUGAAGUAGAUGUUCCUUGUUAUAUAUGGUAUGAAGAAGUUUUUUCCA